AAUCAUAAAUUUACUGCGGAGUUAAUAUAGUCUGCUAUGAGCUAUGGAUUUACUAUCAUCAGCAAUUUCGGGUAAAUAUUUCGACUUCAAUCGCUUUUUAAAUAAUAUUUUAUACACAGAGUAUUAUAAUAAACAUUCAUGUGUGUUAUCGAACUAAAUUUGAUAGAUUUAGCUACGAUUUCGAAGAAUCACCGAUACCUUACCCAGCGCCUAAAAAUUUCCACUACAAAUGAUUGAUUUAUUACUCAUAUUCUUUACUACAAAGCUAUUUAACAAAAAAGACUAGUAAUUUUUAAUAAAAAAAUAGAGUCGGAAUUCAGUUAUUUAAUGUUUAUGUUUAAUGUUUACUUUUCUACUUUAUUCUAUUUGCCUUGUAAAUGAACAGGUUCAGAAGAUGGUGGGAAAAGAGGAAAGCGAAAGCAUAGCGAAAAAGAGUAAUUCCGAAGAUGAAUCAAAUUAUGCUGGAGAUACGGAUGUUACGGAUAAAGAACGUUUGGCUAGGGAAAGUCAUUGUGAAAUCGAAAGAAGACGAAGGAGUAAAAUGGCGACUUACGUAAAUGAAUUAUGCGAUAUGGUACCCGCAUGUUCAACUUUAGCUAGAAAACCCGAUAAGUUAACCAUCUUACGAUUGGCCGUAGCGCAUAUGAAAACUUUACAAGGUACCGGAAAUACCAGUUCCGAUGGAUCAUACAAACCAUCCUUUCUUACUGAUCAGGAGUUGAAGCAUUUGAUUUUAGAGGCGGCUGAUGGAUUUCUUUUCGUUGUCCAAUGUGAGACAGGAAGGAUAAUUUACGUAUCUGACUCAAUUUUACCAGUUCUUAAUCAUUCUCAGCAAAAUUGGUAUUCGGCUUCUUCUAUUUUUGACAUGGUGCACCCUGACGACGUUCAGAAAUUACGUGAGCAACUCUCCACAUCUGAAUCUCAAAAUGUAGGUAGAAUAUUAGACCUGAAAACUGGAACUUUGAAAAAAGAAGGUCAUCAAUCUUCAAUGCGACUCUGCAUGAGUUCGCGGCGGGGUUUCAUCUGUCGAAUGAAAGUCGGCAACGUCCCAAUAGAUCCUUUAACCGCCAACCACACGGUUCGGUUACGUCAGAUGAAUACACUAGGUCAAUCGUCGGAUGGUCAACAAUAUGCUAUAGUACAUGUGACGGGUUAUCUUAAAAACUGGCCGCUGAGCGGUGUACAUGUUGAGAGAAAUUCUUCGCAGGACGAUGAACUACAAACUUCUUGUUGUUUGGUGGGAAUCGGAAGGUUACAAGUUACUUCAACUCCUAACGUAUCAGACAUUAGUUCAGGAAAUGCUUCUACCUAUAUCUCGAGGCAUUCAGUAGACGGGAAAAUAACAUUUGUCGAUCAAAGAGUUACAGCUGUUCUCGGCUACCAGCCUCAAGAGUUAUUAGAUAAACACGUUCAAGAUUUAUGCCACCCAGAGGAAGAAGUCCAAGUAAAGGAGAGCUUCGAUCAUGUUUUGAAAUUGAAAGGUCAAAUGAUGUCUUUGGCCUAUCGUCUUAGGAAUAAAUCAGGAGAAUGGACCUGGAUUAAGAGUUGUUCAUUCAGUUUUCUAAAUCCAUACACUGAUCAAGUAGAAUAUAUAGUCUCUACUAAUACAGCUUCAACACAAUCAAAUGCCAACGAUGCGUCUGAGGUUCAGAACACUGUUGACACUGAUCUGUACGCCCGUGCCAUGUCGCAAGGUCAAUAUCCUUUGCAGCAGAUGCAACAUUCCCUGGUGAAACAAUCGGGAAGUUGGGCUUCUGCAAUGCAAUCGUCUUACCAACCGAAUCCGAAUAAUUGGCAGUGGAAUAGCGGUCAGCAAACCUCUGGAACUGAAGGACAGCAGAGUACGGGUCAAAAUAAUUCAAAUAACAAUCAUGAAGUUAAUGAUGUUAUGAGCAUGUUAGAACCAGGAGAAUAUGACUUAUCGGCUUUUACUAAUAUGUAA